AUGGAUAUGUUUAAAGUAAUCGUUGAUUGCCUCUUGUGUUCGAAUGACUAUCACGAAAAUGCGACAUAUUCUGCCAUAUCUGACAAUAACCGGCUUGUACUCAGUACCAAUGCAGCAGAGAUACGGACUGCCGAACUGCUGCUUUCAGCGUUGCUUACUUCCGAGAAGUUAGGUAAAGACCUUGAGACUCGUCUUAAAGAUAUCGUCAAGGACAGCGGGUUAGUACAUACCAACGGUCUCUGGUACGAAGGACUUGCGAGGAUCCUGCUCAGACGAUUUGAAUCUUUAAUCGAGGAGGGGCAAGGUGCAAAUCUCACUGGUGCCGUCAAGGAGGCAUUCGACAAAGCCAGGGUUACCGUCGACGACUUUGUUGACAACCAUCCUAUUCUCACAUCUGUUAUCAUUACACUCCUUGUGCUUGGUCUUCUUAUGUAUGCUGCACCUUGGGCGGUUCAUGCACUUGGGUUUACUUUAGAUGGAACUCUUGAAGGCUCUUUUGCCGCUGGAUGGCAAUCUGCAAUUGGUAAUGUCGAGGCGGGGAGCUGGUUCGCUUUUUGGCAAAGACUGGGUAUGACAUGGGGGAAAUAA